CUCCUAAAAUGACCGGAGGCUCCUCCUCGGCGAUGAUGUUGAUUUACAGGGAGAUGUUGGCAGAGGAUGAUGAUAUUUCAGGAGCUUGCCGGCCGAUUGGUCUGAGGAUCCUGCAUUUCCAUAAACAGGGGCUCCAUAUCCAUGUCCGAGCCCUUGUAUAUAUAUAUACUCCCUGAGGAUGAUUCGCUCCCACUGCUGCCCUCCUCCUUGACUCUGUCUCAUCGUAGGCCGUGAAGAAAAGACACCGCCAUCAUGUCUGAUAAGAAGAUGACAUCGAGCCGCAGGCAUCAUCUGAAGAGUUUGAUGCUGUCCAUCGCGGCCAACUGGAUCGUAAAGGAGAAACAGGAGCUCGUAGUCAUCAAGCAGAACUACAUGGCUGAGCAUUGCCCCAAGCCCAACACCAGCGGAGACCACAAUGCCCUCAUAGAAACCUGCAAAAAACUGCACACCCUCAUCGACAAAGUGGAUGAAGAAAGGUACGACAUGGAGGUCAAAGUGACCAAAGCUGACAAAGAGAUCGAGGACCUGAAGAUCAAAGUGAUCGACCUGGCCGGAGUGAAGAAACCCGCUUUGAAGAGAGUGCGUAUGUCCGCUGACGCCAUGCUGAAGGCUCUGCUGGGCUCCAAACACACGGUCAACCUGGACCUGAGGGCCAACCUGAAGCAGGUCAAGAAGGAGGUGAAAGAGGAGCCUGCAGAGGCGCUCGGCGACUGGCGUAAGAACAUUGAGGAGAAAACUGACAGGAAGAAGAUGUUCGAGACCUCCUAAAGAAUCCACCGCCGCUCCUGUAGUCGCUCUUUGGCUGUUAGCACUUUUUAUGGAAUUUAUGGAAUUUUUAGAUGAAUUGAAAAACCUUUUUGUUUCAUUAAAUCUGUAAGUUUCA